AUGCUAGAUGAAGGGCAAUCUUCACUGAAAGCUCAUUCCACGUUUGCUAUUGAUUUUGCGCACUACGUCGUCGGCUCAAGUCAACCACUGGGGCAAAGUAACCAGGACAUUGGAAAACUACUAGACACACUACACCACAUACGAACCGCAUCGAACGACCAUCGUUUCUCAUCAAAGCUUUUCCCCUUAGUACAUGCGACGACCCCCUCAGAGUAUGAGCAGCAUGACAUGCCCCCAUUGAGAGCCGCUAUCCAACUCUUGCGAGAAGCCGAAGAGUUUAUCAUUGUGAACGCAACUUUGAGUUGUCUGGCCUCUGACACAGUUAUCGGGCCGAAUGACGCUGAGGCAUACGAUGAGCACAAUAAACUGGUCUCUAUGUGUCAAACGAAUCUGGAGACGGCGCUUUCAAAGCUUACUCUCUAUAUCAAACCUAGCUACGACAUGGUUCUGGCUCUUAUUCUAGGUAUUGUCUAUGCUAUCAGCGUAUCUAAUACAUCUCUAGCCUGGGUCUUGGUCGGGACAGCAUACCAGUGCUCACAUUCCCUUGGAUUCCACACUCACUCGGAUAGUUCAGAUGAGCUUUCGCAUGAGCCAGGUCAGAGGCGAUUGCUCUUCUGGGCGGUCUAUUUCUUUGAGAAGUCUUUAUCUGUCCGACUCGGGCGUUCUUCUAUUAUAAAGAACUAUGAUAUUACAGUUCUGUCGCUCGAAGGUCUGGAAUCAUCAGAGUGCCAUGCCAUUUGCUAUGUCCAACAGAUGGUGAUGCUAGCUGGCUUGGCUGGCAGGAUUUACGAGCAGCUUUACUCGGCCAAUGCCCUUCGUGUGACCGAAGAUACGCGGACUCACCGAGCACUAGAACUAUCACAAGAGCUCCAUGGAUAUUGUGCACAAGCGCAUGAUACAAAUCAACUCUGGGCUCAAUCAACCGGGGACGAAUGUGAACAAAAGCAGAUCCACGUUAUCUCUGCAUCUGACGAAGUCAUACGCCUUUCGAUGUUAACUCUAAUCUACCGCGCUAUGCCCCCAGACCCCAAUUCCGGGACAACCUUCAGCCUAGAAUGCAUUACCUCUGCUAGAUGUGCACUUGAAUCCCAUCAGGCUUUUAUCCGCGGCUUUGGACUGCAAGCUUCGUCAUUACUUCUAUCGACGUAUGUCAACUGGACCAUUUUGUUUACGCCGUUUAUUCCUUUCACUGUUAUAUUCUGCCAUACCAUCGAAACACGGGACAAGGAGGAUUUAAGUCGAAUGUACGCCUUCCUCAAAUCUAUCGAGUGCGCCUGCCAACACUCCAAUGCAAUUGCCAAAUACCAUUAUCUCUUUGGAGUAUUGUAUAGCGUAGCAUUCCGCUAUAUCGAGCUAGGAUUGCCGUCCUCGCCGAUGGAAGAGGAGCAAUUACAACUCCGAAGCGAGGUGGACGCGCAUUUGAGCGCUCUUGGGCUACACCCACACGCGACAGAUUUGACUGGUCACACAGAGGAAGCCAAUUUUUUGACGUCAUCUGUCCGGUCGAUUGAGGAAGCUAUUGAGCAAAACCAUGCUGAAGGAAACAACUGGGCACAAGAACAGUGGCUUGGACGCUGGGUUUCUUUCCAUCAGCAAAUGAUGGGCUUGUUCGAUAAUAACGAUUUCCCAUUUUGA